GAGCGCAAACUUCAGCUGGUCUUUGAGUGCCUGGUGCGGGAGCCGUGGGGCAGCGGAGUGCUGAGCAGGGAGCAGUGCUCAUUCCUCAGUGCUCUGGCCGGCCGGCGCCUCGGGGCAUCCCUGGCACCAGGCAGGAGGUCAUCUGCUGUGAAUGAGUCAUGCCAGUCCCUCCUGUUCCAAUCGGACAUCAGCUACGACCGCACUGAGGAUGACGUGGAUGUUGAUAUGACAGUGGUGCGGACCCUGAAGCGCAAAGCCCAGGAAAGACAGCGUAUGUCCCUGGCACCUCAGAUCGGCCCUGUGGUGGUGGCGAAACGGCACCGGUCUUCUGUGGCACCCCACAAUGCUGUGAGUGUCCCCCCUGUGCCCCCUUUUCCUGCCAGCAGCCUCCUGCCUGCCGCUGUGGUGCCACAACGCCGCUCUCGCCAGGGACACUGUGUCUCUGCCCAUGCAGGUGGCCCAGGACAGAAGAGCCGCACUGAGGGCAGCUCCUUGGGGCAGCCAGCACCAGCCCCCUUCCCCUCACCCCCACGGAGCCUCCCGCCACCCCAGCACCAGUUCACCUCCAAAACGACAGGGCUUUACCGGGUGCCGGGUGCGGAGCAGCAGGUGCGAGAGUGGAAGCGGAGGCUGCUGCAGGCUGGGGGCGUGCUGCCCGCCCUUGGUGGCGUGGAUGACAUCCAUGUGGUGUGCGGGGUACUCAAGGACUUUCUGCGGGGGCUCAAGGAGCCGCUGGUCACCUUCAACCUCCACCCUGCCUUUCUGCAGGCUGCUGACAUCCCUGAUGACGCUGCCUGCAGCAUGGCCCUGCGCCAUGUGGUGAGCAAGCUGCCCCCAGCCAACAGGGACACCCUGGCCUUCCUCAUGCUGCACCUGCUCAGGGUGUCACGUAGCCCUGACUGCAAGAUGGACGUGCUCAACCUAUCCCGCGUGUUUGGUCCCACGCUGGUGGGACACGGCUCGGCCAACCC